CUUGUGAUACAAACGCGGAGACACAAUAUUGGUGAGAGUUUGAUGAGCAGUAUAUGGUGUCUUACUGUCUUCCCAACAUUACCCGCCAAGCUGCAUCUCCAUCAGCAUCAACCUCCGUAUGAAACGGCGACCUUCCCACUUUGGACUACUAACCACAAUUCAAAACAAUUACCCCUUCCCCCCUCUUUUCCUAUUUAUAGCCAUUCAUUCAUUUUAUUCUUUUUCAUUCACAACUUCACGUCUGAAUUCUUCUUGUUUACAGAAGACAGGAUGCGACUGCUUCCUGCAACCAAUGAUGAUCAUGGAGGUGUCAUUGUGGAUAUGGAGGAGCCGAUGGACUCCAAGGUCUUCCUUGGUGCCCUUAGAGCCUCAAUGUCCCAAUGGAAGCAUGAGGGGAAAAGGGGUGUGUGGAUAAAAUUACCCAUUGGAUUUGCAAACCUUGUUGAAACCGUCGUCAAGGAAGGCUUUUGGUAUCAUCAUGCAGAACCAAAUUAUUUAAUGCUGGUUUACUGGAUUCCUGAAACUAUAUGUACAAUCCCCAUCAAUGCUACACAUCGCAUAGGAGUUGGUGCUAUUGUCUUAACUGAUGAAAAAGAGAUUCUUGUAGUGCAGGAAAAUAGUGGUAGAUUCCGAGGAACUGGUAUAUGGAAGAUCCCUACAGGAGUUGUGGACGAGGGAGAGGAUAUAUCUGUAGCAGCUGUUAGAGAAGUAAAAGAAGAGACAGGAAUUGAUGCAGAAUUUAUCGAGGUCGUUGCAUUCAGGCAAACUCACAAGGCAUUCUUCGAAAAAUCAGAUUUGUUCUUUUUGUGCUUCUUGCAACCUUCAUCUUUCAAAAUUCAGAAGCAAGAUUUGGAGAUUGAGGCUGCCCAGUGGAUGCCGAUUAGAGACUUUGCUGCUCAACCUAUAUCUCAGAGGUCCGAGCUCUUCAAGCGCAUAAUCGAUCUAUGUCAAGCCAAGUUAGACAAGAAUUAUACUGGAUUUUCCCCGGUAUCACUAUCAUCCUCGUUUGAUAGUAAACCACCUUACUUAUACAUGAACACCAGAGAUCUGCAUCAUACGAAUCAAACCAUCACUAACCGACUGUGAAACAGUUGAAUGUUAGAUCGCCUUUUCUUGGUACUCGAUCAAACUUUACUAUAUAUGACUUGAUCAUUGCCGUUUUCUAUCCCCUUGCUCGAUUCAUUUACACUUGCUUUAUGUUUGGCCUAGAGUUCUGAUGCUUCUUUUAUCCCGACAAUUUGCUGAUUUCGUGAUAAAUUUGUAUCUUAGUAUUAAUAUAGCAUCGAAACUGCAGUCUGUCGAUAUAUCGAUUUUAGCAUAGCUAGGAAGAUGAGCUGCAGGAUUUGGAUUAAUAGAACUGUAGGGAACUAAAUGCUUGCUAUUAGCUAGCUGAGAAAAUAGUAUGAUGAAUGUAAUUCUUUGAGAACAAUUGACGAAUGUUAUAUAUUGUAAUUGAUCAUCAAAAGCUUCUUUGCAAAUUCUAUUUCUUGCAUUUUUGUAAAAUAUUUCUAGUAAAAUAAGUAUUAUGU